AUGCAAGAGUGGGGCCACGAGUGCCCCUGCGGCAUCACCUGCAAACGUCCCUGUGCCAUGGCGGCACCAGUAGGGUCUUGGGUACUUGGGGCCGCAGCGAUGAAGAAGUCCGAGCACCAAGCGGCCGGUAAUCCUUUCAUCAUUCUGGAGGCAGGUCGCGUCCAGUCCGUGCCUAUCAUGGGCCUUCCAAGUUCAGGGAUCAUGACGUGCCUUUGCGAAGCAGUUGCAGUGGUCUUUGCGGGGGAGCAGGAGCGUGACCCCGUCCGAAGAAAUCUUGGAUGUCAGGAGAUGGAGGAGGAAGAGGAAGAAGCGCCCAUGGACGAUGCCCCGGCAGAAGAGGCGAAGCAGUGCAGAACUGAGGCCUUUGAGGAGGAGGUGCUGCCGGAAGAAUCGCUCGAGUCCGGUGGCAGCAGCAGCCAUAUGGAGAACGAAGAAGCUCCCAUGGACGGCAGUUUCGAUGAGCUGCCGGAAGAGGGCGAGGAGCUUCUCGAAGAAGCAGCGGGCGAUGCAGAUGCCGCAGAUGCCGGUGAUGCCGAUGCCGGCAAUGCAGACACCUUUGAAGAGCUGGAAGGGGGUGAAGUACUGGAGGAGGUGCCGAAAUGGCUGAAAAACUGCUUCGAGCAGCGGCGGGAAGGCAGGCUUGCUCUCUGCCUGCGACGAAAGCUGAAAGACGACAACGACGCGCACCUCUUUUGCGCCGAGCUCGACCGACGAAUAGAGGAGGCAGCGGAAAAGGCAGAAACCCUCAAGUUCGAAGACUUCGACAUCUCGCAGAAUGCCAUUCCGACGGAGCACUUAGAGACAAUGUUUAACAGCAUUUCCUCGCCAUCCGUUCACAUCGAACGUUUGCGAGCCUUUGGCAUCGCCACUUUCGAUGACACAGCUGCGAUCCUGCUAUCUGGGUGGCUGCAAGGGGUCACCGCCUCAAAUGUUCCGCACGAGAUGCACCUCAGCGAUUGCGCGCUGACAGCUGUGGGCUUCCGCGCCAUCAUGGAUGCACUGACCGACAACGACGUUUUUCCUGCGGCGGACCCUCGCAACCCGCAGCGCGGGCAGCUGCCAAUCUACAUGCGAGUGGUGGAGGGGAACUACAUCGAGUCUUCCGCCCUUCAGACUGCGGUGGACAACGGUGUGGCAAUCACCUUCACCAAGACCGGCG